AUGGUUAAUUUAGAGGAAUUUAAUUUACCACCAAAUUCUACUUUCUUAACAAAAAAUUUAGGCACACAUUUGAGUUUCGCCGAAAUUUCUCUUUUAUCGCAUUUAUUUAAUCCCAGAUUACUAAUUUAUAUAUUUGACAAUGAGGUGAAAAUCAGAACUCACGAUGAAGAGGAUGAGAAAAAAUUAGAAGAAUUAGGGGAGAGCUUAGACGAUGAUAAGAAGUAUGAGCCAAUAUCUGAAGAGGGUACUGAAGCUGAGCCACGUCAAUUGAAAUCAAAACGAAGCAGAAAUAAUAAAAGCAAGUCUUUGAGAAGGCGAAAAGCAGCCAAAAAGGCAAAAAAGCCCAAACGAUCUAAAAAAACCAAAAAAUCAAGAAGCAAGAAAAGGAAAAACAAAAAACGUAAAAGUUUACGUUCAAGCCCGGCGGUUGAACCUGAACCUGAACCUGAACCUGAACCUGAAACACCAACUCCAGCUACUGAUCCUGAACCUGAAACAACAACUGAAGAAAGUAAAGAGUCUGUGUUGGAAGAUUCUGAAACUUCUAUUUUACCAGAAUUAAAGGAAGAAGAGGAUUUGGAAAAGGUAGUUGAGAAUAAACUCGAUAAAACCAAGAGAUACUGGGACUCUGACAUUCUGGAGCCUGAGCAUGUAAUAAACGAAUGGCUUGCAAUUUCUGACGGGAAGAAAUAUGAUCCUCAAACUGACGUUAAGUUCCCCUUCUUAACUGAUGAUGAGAAUGACUACGAUCGGUACUAUAUAAGUAAGAAGUUGAAGAAACGAGACAGCCCACUUAACAAAUAUAAGUCUGGAUCUAAAUUCAAAUCCGACGAAGGGUUAAGUACUAACUAUGUGAUUCCUAUCAUUAUAGAAGACGAAUUACUAAGAGCGACUAAUCCAGACACUAAAGAGGAUGAGUUGGAAAACAUGAUAAUUAAUGGAAAAUUUAAGCAAAAUUACCGAGGGAGGGUAGUAAACCAGAAUUCGGAAAGUGAUGAGCUAGAAACUGGUGAUGAAAAUUAUGAUUUACAGGAGUACCCUGGAUCAUAUUCUUCCGAAUCUAUGGGAUCAUACUCAAAGGCGGAUACUGACGGUAUUAUAAAUAGCUAUGGAGAAUCGAUUUCAACUAACGAAGAAACAACUGAUUAUGAGAAUAAUUUAAGUGUGGAUGAAUAUGGAGAUGGAGUGGGUCCUGGUGGGAAAACUGACUCAGACAUGUCAGACAUGGUUAGUGGUCAGGAAGAACAAGUGAAUGCCCCUGAUAGUAUGAACGAGGAAGGUGAGACUGCUAAAGAUUCCGAAUGGGAGUUUGGAAAUAUGGACCUAUUUGAUGAAACGGGGGAGAGUGGUGAAAAUGUAGAUAAUUUAUCUAAAAAGGACUGUAAGAAAGAGUUAAAAAAUCUUAAAAAGAAAUACGAAACGAAACUUAAAAAAAUCAAGAAGUUAGCUUCUCGAUAG